AUAAUAUUCAAAUUUAAAAAAAGUGUAAAGUGAAGCGUGUACUUGAUUCGAUAGUCGAUUCUCAGUGUAAAUACAUAAUACUUUUCACAAUGAAUGAAUCCAAUUUUAUUCAAAAUUUAAUUUAAUAUAAAUAAUAAUAUAUUUGUUUCCAAUCAAAUGCGAGUUAAAAAUUCAACUAACAAAAAAAUUACAAUAUGAUUGUGAUCAACCGUUUUUUACGACAGUUAAAUAAUAUUAAGUCUGUAAGUUCAAAUUACAAUCAGCAUUGUUGUAGAAAUGUAAGAUGUGUGUCAACGGUCAAAGAUUUACAACCAAAAGAUUUUCGAAAAAGAACAGAGACAUUUUCUUUUAAUGCCGAGCAGAAUAUUGAUACUGAUACUUUUGGAACAUUAACUGAAAAUACCGAAAUUAAUUAUAAACUAGAUCGUUUACCUCCUGAAGACGAUGAUAAAAUAGAAUACGAUAAAGAUGAACAACACAAAAGAUUACAUAUUACUGAGUAUCACAAAAUUAUUCAAGAACUCAUUAAACAACAUAAAAUUGCAGAUGCGAUAGAUAUACUUGAAACAAGGAUGUUAAAAAAUGAAAAAGCAAAACCAGAUUAUUAUGUUUAUAAUCUAUUAAUCGGCACCUGUGGUAAAGUUGGUUAUGUUCAAAAAGCUUUUCAUUUAUUUAACCAGAUGAAAAAAAGUGGCAUCAAAACUACACCAGCUACUUAUACUUGUUUAUUUAAUGCGUGUGCUAAUUCACCAUAUAAGGAUGAUGCGUUAAAGAGAGCUAAAAAAUUACACAAUUUAAUGAGUUUAAAAUCAAUUGAACCCAACAUUUUUAUCUACCAUGCAAUGAUUAAAGCUUUUGGAAGAACAGGAGAUUUAUUGACUGCAUUUUCUUUGGUUGAUGAAAUGUUGACAAAAAAAUAUAAAUUAAAAGAUGAAACAUUUAAUUUUCUUUUACAAGCAUGUAUAACGGAUAAAGAAGCUGGUUUUCGACAUGCCUUACUUGUUUGGAGAAAAAUGAUAUCAAAACGUGUUCGUCCUUCAUUAUAUACUUACAAUCUUUUAUUAAAAUGCACAAGAGAAUGUAGUCUUGGUGAUGAAUUUGAAACACGAAAAGUUAUUGGUCAAAUACUUGAUGAUCCUCAUUUAUUAACGACUGAAUCUAAACUUGAAGAAUCAAAUCCUUCAGAAAAAGAUAUACCUAAUACUUUAGUAUGCAAUGAUAAUAAAAAUAAUCUAUCCAUUAUUGAGGAGAAUAGACCAAAUCUAUUGGAUGUUAAACCUUAUUUUGGUAAUAUUGUUGGUAUUUCUGAAAUCAAAUCCCCUGAAGAAAGAUUAAUAUUAUUAGGAGGUUGUUCAGGAUUUUUAAAAAACAUGAAAAUCAAUAAGAUAAAACCAGACAUUAAAACAUUUACCCAGCUUUUAGAAGUUAUACCGCCAACAUUAUCAGCUGAAAAAGUCUUAUUAAAAGAAAUUUUUAAAAACAAAGUUAGAGUCGACAUUGAUUUUUGCAAUAUUCUCAUUAAAAAACGAAGUCUUAGAUUUGAUUAUGAAGAAGCAAAGAAUGUAUUGAACUUAAUUAACUCAGAAAACUUAAGUGUGGAUAUUGUAACUUUUGGUGUUCUGGCAUUGGGUUGUAAAAAUAAAAACGAAGCUAAAAACCUCAUAAAAAUUAUAGCAGAUCAUGGAUUUAGAGUGAAUGCAGAAAUUUUGGGCACAAUGUUGGCACAAGCAUGUUACCAUUUUAAUUUUGGAUAUGUAGUAUAUGUCAUGAAUAUGAUUAAACAUGAAGAAAUUAAACCCAAUAAAAAAUUUAUGGAUCGUUUAAUUCGUUUUGAUAACACAAUUAAAGAUUUAAUGAAAAAAAGACUAAACGACGAAAAAGAUACUCCAAACUUUAUACAAAGUUAUUACUUCAAAGAAGGGUACAGAAAAUAUCAAAAUUUUUAUAAAAAAUGGUUAUUAGAAGUAACUGUUGAUGAAGAACUACAUCCUUGGGAUCAAUUUAAUAAUUGUAAAAAAAAUAAUGACUUAUAUUUGUUGGUAUUUAAUUGA